AGAGUUUGAAGAGGUCGCCAUGGCCGCCACCGGUCUCCCAAGCUGGCUAUCUUCUAUCCUUCCAUGUCUCCUCCUUGUCAUCUUUGUUCUCCCAUGGCCAUCGGCUGCAUAUCAGAAGGUAACUCUAGGGGUCUUUCCCCCAACUUGCGCCCGUGUCGAAUGCCCGAUGUUUGACGUGAUCGACGAAGGAAAUGGGUACGAGAUCCGCCGAUACAAUUCAUCAGUUUGGAUGUCGACAUCUUCCAUUGACGACAUCUCCUUUGUGAACGGCACAAGAACGGGCUUUUUACGGUUAUUUGACUACGUCAAAGGAAAGAAUGAGAACGGGACCAAAAUGGCUAUGACAGCUCCCGUUAUGACUGAAGUCUCAACCAGCAAAGAGCCCUCCUCCAAUGAAUCAUUUGUUGUGAGCUUCUUCAUCGGGAAAAGAUAUCAGGCCAAUCCACCGAGUGCCCAGGGCCUCCAUCUACUGAACUGGAAUCUCAAGUACGCCGCAGUGAGGCAAUUCGGGGGAUACGCCACGGAUGCUGGAGUCCCGGAGGAAGCGGCAGCUCUGGACGUCAGCCUCAGAGGUUCCAAAUGGGCCCGUGCCGUGGACGAAAGCCGGAAAGCCAACCCAAUGGUGUUCUACACCGUUGCACAGUACAGCGCUCCAUUUAGAACCAGGGGUAGAGUGAAUGAGAUCUGGAUGCUGUUUGAUGACAUUACCACCUUGUAGCAGUGGCUCGAGAGAAUAACUACAGCAGGUUUUACUUUAUAGUGGAAAUAAAACAGAAAUUAAUUAGCUCGAGAGGAAGUGGCUCGAGGUGAAGCAAGAUUGUUGGAUUUCUUAUUAAUGCAGAGGGCUUUCUCUGA